AUGGUGUCGUCAAAUACCCUCCUUACGAUAUUCAAAUACUGCCUCGGCGUCGGCGCCUCCAUCCCGGUCCUGCUCGCCGCUGGCCUGUGGUUCUUCCAACGCAAGAUGAUUUACCCAGCCAACUUUCCAGAGGGAUCGCGCGAACAUGUGCCACGGCCAACAGACGCCGGCCUCCCAUACGAAGACGUGCGGCUCACCACUCCCGAUGGCGUCAAGCUCCGGGCCUACGUUAUCCCUGCUCGCCGCAAGUUUGUGCCGCUGGAGGAGCUCCGGGGCCUGUCAGCCAGCGGUAUGAGGGAGCGUGGAAAGGCUGAGAUGGAGGCUUGGAAGGAGGAGAAGGAUUCCGAGGACGCGAUUGCCUACGCCAAGUCGCGCCCGACCAUCGUCAUGUUCCACGCCAACGCGGGCAAUGUCGGACACCGUAUCCCACUCGCACGCAAGUUUGUGUCCGAGCUCAAGUGCAACGUGUUCAUGCUGAGUUACCGUGGCUACGGCCUGUCGGAGGGCUCUCCUUCGGAGAAGGGAAUUCGCAUCGACGCUGGCGCCGCCAUGGAGUACAUCUCGACCCACCCAAUCCUGAAGGACACCAAGUUGGUGGUCUACGGCCAGUCCAUCGGCGGCGCGGUCUGCAUCGACACUGCGGCGGCGUACCCUGACAUGGUGUCUGGCGUGAUUGUCGAAAACACCUUUGUCUCACUCACCUCCCUCGUGCCCCACGUCAUGCCCUUUAUUCCGCUCUUGCUUGUCCGCCUGCUUCUCAGCGAGAAGUGGGAUGCCGCCAAGACCAUCUCUCUCAUUCCAGCCACCACCCCCAUGCUGUUUUUGAGCGGGAAGCAAGACCAGCUCGUGCCCCAGAGCCAGAUGCUGGCCCUGUGUGCCCUCCGUGGUGACGGCAGGCUCCGUUGGUGCGAGUUUGACGGUACCCACAACGAUACCUAUCUCAACCCGGGCUACUGGAUCGAGAUUAGGAUCUGGCUCGAGCAGGAGAUUGAGGGUGGAGUGGAAGAUGAAAAGUUGUAG